GUGACUCCUACUGGGGAAUGUAGAGGAGUUGUAGUUCACUUACACCCAGAAUGCUAUGAACCCAAACAAUGAUGGCUCUGGGCCAAACCUGCCAUGCAUACCUGAUAUGACCAGAUUUGAAUACUGGUGGGUUUUGAGGGGAAUUGGCCUGGACAUUUGGGAGAAGUAGGUACUGGGAUUUAUAGUUCACCUGCAAUGAAUGAGCACUCCGAACCCCUCUGAUGAUGGACCAGGACCAAACUUGGCACAUAGAGCCCCCAUAACCAAAAUAGCAUAUUUGACAAGUUUGAGGGAAAGGGAGUUAUAGUUCACCUGCAUCCAGAUAAACAGUGACUCCUACCGACAAUGGACCAGGACCAAACUUUGCACAGAGAAGCCUCAUGACCAACUUGAUUUGGGGAGUUGUAGUUCACCUGCAUCCAAAGAGCACUGAACCCAGCCAACAACGGAUCUAGACCAAACUUGGCACACAGACUCAACAUAGCCUACUGUGAAUACUGACAGAUGUUUUGGGACAAUUGCCCCAGGAAUCUGGGAGUUGUAGCUGUUCACCCCCAUCCAGAGAGCACUGCAGCCAGGCAACAACAGAUCUGGACCACACUUGGUACACAGACCCGAAAUGGCCAACUUUGAAUACUGGCAGGGUUUGGGGAAGAUUGACUCACGAUUCUGGGAAUUGUAGUUCACCCACUCCAAACUGAGAAUACCUAAAAACAAUGACAAAUAAUGCCUUUAUCAAAUAACCUGGACAUUGCCGGGUUCCCAAGCUAGUAUAUAAUAUUUUUCUAAUGCACUGGGGCAGUAACAUCUUUCUGUUUCUUUCCUGAAAAUGCACUGCAGACUAACACAAAUUGGGGAAAUAACAGUAAACCUUGUGUGACACUGUUGUGCAGAGUGUUUACAUAAAGGUCUAUUUGCAGCAUGGUUUUUAAAAGGAAGUAGAAGAUUAAACCUUGUUUUAAAAUGUUUUGUCUGAUACCUUACAAAAUAUGGGAUGUGCUCUUUGGAAUAGGAUAGUAGAAAACCUUGCUUGAUGUUAUGAGCCUGCAAAUGUGCAUGUGUUCUGUCCUGAUUUGAGUAAUUGUUGUUUUCUUUCAUGAAACAGAAUGUCAACUUCUUAAUAUCUCUCCGGAUUGAAAGACAAGAUGGUCUUGGCAACAUUCUUCUCCAUGAGGAGGACCUGAAAUGUCCAAUCCACUUGCCAGGUAUAUUUCUGGGACUCACUGGUGAGCAGAAACUCAAGAAUAGCAGAGGUGUAUUUCUAUGUUCAUGGGGAAAUGCUAAGGUAGCAUUGUUCCUAACACUGGCUUCAGCUCUAGAUACUCCAAGCAAUAGCAUUUGCCAGGAGGUACAGAGGGAAGACAGACUUCAUUGUACUUCUCAGCUGGUAUCUCUGAGAGAAUGUGAAGAAAAAGCCUGUUAUUAUACCCAUGGUGAUCCUCAGAUUCGUUGCUGCUAUGGAAAUACUGUGACUGCUUGCUGCACACCAGAUGGUCACUUUUCAAUUGCGGUAUCCAGGGAUGUGACUCUGCCAUCACUAAUUCUGGAGUCUGUGCAUCAUGUUGUUGCAUAUGGCAAUGGUUGUGUUCCUGUGACAAAAACCCCCAAUACUUUUGUACACUAUAACUUCACACUCUCUGCCUGUGGAACUGCUUUUCAGGUAAGAAUCAAUACAAAAACACCCUCCUUGAAAGCUCCUGUGUUAGAACAUUUCUCCGACUUUGCCACACUGAUCCCCAUUAAAUCUAAUACUGCUCAGAGAUGUCUUCUGGACCAUUUAAUUAUAACUGGAUUUGUAUGUUGGUGUGUGUCAUAUCGGACUACAAAUAUGUUAGUGUGUGUUCUACAAUUCCACUUUCAUUACCAACGCUUUGUCAUAAGUACUUUCGCUUUUGUGGACUCUGCUUCACAUCAGGUGCUCGGUGGACCAGUUUUCUUCCACUGUAGUGCUGCUGCCUGUGUUUCAACAGUAAUGGAGUCCUGCAUGCCUCACUGUCCUAGGGUUGUAGGUAAUGGUUUAAUCACUAUUCAGGUGCUGUUUUCUUCUCCUCCAAAGCUGUUAAUGAUAGAAUUUCUUGGAAUACACCCCCAGUGGAAAUUAAGGGCCCACUGUAGUUGGAGAAGGGUGCAAGCUACUACAUAAGAGUAUUUGAUAUACCGGUGAUUAUUUGAAACAGUUGAAUAAAAUUUAGUAACUUAUUUCGCAAGUUCCUAUUAGGUUAGCUCACUCUUGUCAAAAAGAAUGGGAAAGAGCACUUGUAUUUACAGCAGGAGUACUCUCUGUUAACUGGCUUUAGUAGGGCUAAGAACAUACUGGAAAAGACCACAAUUGCAGCAGGACAAUGCUCAGAAAUAAAGAACCAAAACGGGAAAAGUACUAGGUUCUGUAACUAAGUAAUAUAGUUUCCUAAAUAGAAAUACUUGCUACUUCAAAAAAAAAAAAAAAAGCCCUGUCCUUUAUCAAAGUAUAAUAUUAUAUGUCAGUGGUUCUCAAUCUGUGGGUCCCCAGGUGUCUUGGUCUACAACUCCCUGAAAUCCCAUCCAGUUUACCAGCUGUUCGGAUUUCUGGGAGUUGAAGGCCAAAGCAUCUGGGGAUCCACAGGCUGAGAACCACUGUUAUAUGUUAUUAUGAAAUCAGAGAAAAUAAUAAAGGGCAGCAAUAUAUACUACGAUUUGAUGGAAUGUCCACAAAACUGACCAAUGUUGGUUUCAACAAAAGAAAAUUUCACAAAGCUUGUGUGCCAAUAUUUAAUGAAUACAUAUAGAGGAAGUCCAAAAAAACAUUACCAAGCAAUUAUAGCAACCUGGGCACUAUAGGAUUGAAAGUAUUUAGGAAAAUGAUUGAGUUGGGGGAAGAGAGAGAAAACCAGCUGCCUCCUGUAAUGAAUGUAAGAAGAAUUAACAGAAUGACUAUACACAUCUUACCUUUGGCGUAGAAAAAUACUGUUAUUUGAAAGUAGAAAAUUCACUGAAUCAGAAAUUUCAGUCAUUUGCAAUAAAGCAAGCAAUGCCAAUCACCAAAUGACUGAACUCUUGCAGUUUUCUCCUCUACAUAUUGAAAACUGGAGACAUAGGAAGCAAAAAUUAACUUUUUGUUGACUCACAAUUUCCUUGCAGUACAUUGAUUGGAAAGUCUUAAUAAAAUGUUCCUUCUGAUUAGAAUAUAUAUUUAUCACUUUGUUCAAUCUUGCAUCCUUCUCCACAGGGAACACUUUGAAUUUUUUUUUUUAAAUGGGGCUGGGGGAUUGUCGUUCUAGAGUAUGAACUGUGAUUCAUUCUCAAUAUUUCAAAGAGAAGCCAACUUAACUUUAAGCAAUGCAACUUGAUGCAGGAUGAGUUUAUACAUUCCUAACUGACAAUAGUACUAUAUUGAUGAAUGAAAUAAUGUAUAAGGUACCUCAAAAGAAGAAUGUUGAACCAGACUUGUAUUUCUUAGCUAAGAAAAAGCUAAUCAUGUUAGGUCUCAUUCAGACUAGCAAAAAGCCUUGGGAUUUAGUGGACUUGUAUAUAAUUGAAUUUAUGAAACAUAUCCAUACAAUAUAUCUUUUCUUCUGGUAUAUUGUUUGUGACACCUGGCUUGAAAACAGUACAUGUAAAAGGACUUGAGGAGUCUUAUUAGACUACAAAAUGGACAUGAAUCAACAGUGUGAUGUGGCAGCUAAAAAGCCAGUGUGAUUCCAGAAUGUACUAAUAGGAGUAUAAUGUCAAGAUUGAGGGAAGUCACAGUCCCACUCUAUUCUCCUUUGGUCAGAUUUCAUCUGGAGUACUUUGUCCAGGUCUGCGCAUCACAAUUCAAGAAGGAUUGAAUUGUGUCCAGAGAAUGAUCAAAGAUCUGGAAGCCAAGCCCAAGAGGAAUGGCUUAGAGAGCUGGGUAUGUUGAGCUUGGAGAAAAGAAGGCCGAGAAGGGACAUCAUAGCCAUGUUUAAAUAUGUGAAAUGAUGUCAUAUUGAAGAAUGGGCAAGCUUGUUUUCUGCUGUUCUAGGAAUAUGGUGCAAUGGAUUCAAAUUCC